UUAAAAAUUUCUCAAAUAAAGCUACAUUUGUUGGAGGAUCUUUCGACUAAAAUAAUAUAAAGGAUGUCAAACUUGGGACAAUUUGACUCCGACUUUUACCAAUCUAAUUAUAACAUUGAUAAUCAGGAGCAGAGUUAUAAUGAUUCUAAUGCCUAUGGAAAUCUUCAUGGAUCUAGAAAACAACAGGCCAGUGAGCAGCCUCAGCCUGCCUUCGUCCCACCAGAGAUGCUCGUGUCAUCAAGUUAUGCGGGACAAUUCUUUCAGCCAGCAUCCAACCAGGAUUAUUAUUCACCAUCUUCUUACAUUGACAGUUUUGAUGAAGAGCCUCCUUUACUAGAAGAACUUGGAAUUAAUUUUGAUCACAUAUGGCAAAAAACCUUGACAGUGUUAAACCCACUGAAGCCAGCAGAUGGCAGCAUUAUGAAUGAAACAGACCUCACUGGGCCCAUCCUGUUCUGUGGGGUGCUAGGAGCUUCCCUACUUCUGGCAGGAAAAGUCCAGUUUGGUUACGUGUAUGGCACGAGCGCCAUUGGCUGCUUAGGGAUUCACGCCUUACUAAACUUGAUGAGCUCUUCAGGGGUGUCCUAUGGCUGCGUGGCGAGUAUUCUGGGUUACUGCCUGCUUCCCAUGGUCAUCCUGUCCAGCUGUGCCAUCUUCUUUUCACUGCAGGGCACCUUUGGAACUGUGUUGGCACUGGUCAUCAUUGGCUGGUGUAGUCUCUCAGCCUCCAAAAUUGUCACUUCAGCCUUGGCCAUGGAAGGACAGCAGCUUCUCAUUGCCUACCCUUGCGCCUUACUUUAUGGACUUUUUGCCCUCCUAACAGUUUUCUGA